GCACACACACAUGCACGCACACACAGGCACGCAUGCAUGCACAAGGGUGCCACAGCUCAGUUCACUGCAGUGUAACUCCAGCAAGUCAUCCUGUAGAGUAGCCACUGGGAGGUAAGAGAUGGGUGGUGGGGUUCCCCUUGUCAGGUCUCACCCGGCCCCCAGGUCUGCCUGGCUGCCCUCCUCUUCCUAUUUGAAGCAACUUCAAACACAGCACCUUCCUGUCAUCUCUCACACCCACUGAGGCCUCAGUCACAGGCAGCUGCUGUCGUCCUGCUUGCUCGCUCCUUCCUCAGCCAAGAGGACCGCCACAGAGCCAGGUAGCAGGAGCACAAAGAGAAAAUCAGCUGCAAAACUGGGCUGUUGUUACAAGACCAAGGCACUGGGAGACUCAGGGGGCUCCCUGACCCCCAGCCUGGACUUCCAGCUCUGCCAAGGCAAGCAGGUCUCCUCAGCCUACAGGUCACUUUCUGACACAAUGGAUGCUCAUGGCUCACCCUGCACCAGCUGGCCAUGUCCCUUGACACAGGCACCAGCCAGGCCCUCCCUGCUGGCCUGCCCCCAGUGGCUGGACCUAUUCUUGUAUCCCCUGCAUCCGCAAGCACAGCUGGCACCACUGAGCACAGCCCCACAAGGUCUCGGAGAAGACACCUCAACCCUAAAGCUCCAGGCCCCAGGGCUGCAUGGCAGCUCCACUGAUGAGGAAAAGCUCACAGCCAAGUACCCACUGAACAGGGACAAGAUGGAAAGGCAGCCUGAAACAGCUGGCCACGGGGCACACUGCCUAGCCCUGCCUCCUCAGAACAGCUCCAAUGCAACCACCGCACAGCUGAACACAGAGAGCCCUAGCCCUUCGGCAUCCUGCCCCUGCCCUCCUUCCACCCCCAUCUCCAAGGAGCUCCCGUUCCACUUCCUCCCCCUUUACCCCAGGUACCCUCUUCUCCUGCCUCCGCCUUGCCUGCUCACGUACGGAGCCCUGCCUUCUGUCCAAUGUUCCCACCUCCUCCUACUGCCCCCAAACACCGCCUACCCCACCAUGGCUGCACCCCGUUUGCUGACCAUGGCCAAUGACCCUGAGCACCAAGGCACUCCAGGGGAGACCCUGCUUCCCAACCCUGGGGCCUUCCGAGCCUCUGGCCCCACCCUUCCCUCCCAGACCCAAGAUCCAGGCCCUGGAGCUGUCCCAACCCCCUCCCCAGGAACAGUGGGGGCCGGCAUGCCAGCUCCAGCGAAGCGGGCCUCCGCGGGCUCCCGAGUGGGCACCGCAGCGCUCCCUUACCCACUGAAGAAAGAAAACGGCAAAAUCCUGUACCAGUGCAACGUGUGCAGCAAGAGCUUUGGGCAGCUCUCCAACCUCAAGGUCCACCUGCGCGUGCACAGUGGGGAGCGACCGUUCCAGUGUGCCUUGUGCCACAAGAGCUUCACCCAGUUCGCCCACCUGCAGAAGCACCAUCUGGUGCACACAGGGGAGAGGCCCCACAAGUGCCAGAUGUGCCACAAGUGCUUCAGCAGUUCUAGCAAUCUCAGGAGCCACCUGCGCCUGCACUCUGCGGUCCAGCCCUUCCACUGCAGUGUCUGCUCAAGCCGCUUCACCCAGCAUGUCCAUCAGAAGCUGCACCAGCUUCAUGCUUCACAGCCCUACAGCAUGACUCACCUGGCCUCUCUCACCUGCCUUGCGCAGUGGCACCAUUCACCAGUGGACAGUGCCGCCCUUCAGGGUGGCAGGUCCUGCCAGGUGCAGGCCAUGCUGCCCAGCACGGUACAUUGCCCUCUUUUCUGAUCAGCUUCCCCAAACCUAUUCAGAUGUCCCCCUGCUUUCUUUGAUCUCACCGUCCCUACUCAGCCACCUGCAGUGUACCCUCAGCUGGUCCAUCCUGCCACAGUGGGGUGUGGUGUGCUCCUGAAGGCUCCAAGAAGCGGGACAUACGUCACUGCCCACUCAUAACCCGUAGGCACGAUGCUUCUGUAUGCUAGGACUAGUCACAGAAGGCAAGGCUUAACAGGCUGCUGAGUUCAGGGACGAAUAGUUAGGGGUAUGUGCAGGGAAGAACUGGCCAAGAGGGCCGGGACUGGGACUUUCCUGAGACUUAUCUCCUUACAGUUCCAGGAGAUCCCCUUAAAAGUUCAAGAUCUCCCCCACACACAUACACACACUCGUGUGCCAGGCAACUGGAAGGAGGCCGAAGUUCCAGCCGCAAUAAACAAUAAACGAGGGCUAUUACUGAA